CUUAGGUCAAGACCAUCAAGCUCUCACUUUUGAUUCUCCCUGGUUUGUCUAUCAAUCAAACAGGGUACAUGGGCUUUACUGGCAACAAAACUGUUUACCCAAGAUACAACAGCACAAAUUAGGAAGUAACAGGAGCUGGGCCCAGCAAAUUCACCAGACAGUUUCCGACAGAGACUGGCCAUCACACAUUUUACAAGAAAGCUUGUUCAGUUCUACAAGAGAAAAUACCUUUCUUAAUUUCUAAAAUGAAGAUCAAAAUAUUGAAAAGUCUCCUCUAUCUGACAAUGGUUUAUCCACUGAAUGUGUUACCUGCUGUCACUUCCCAGAUCAGGCUGGUCAAUGGUAAAGAUCGCUGCUCAGGAAGAGUGGAGAUCUAUUACAGUGGCCAGUGGGGAACAGUUUGUGACGAUUCCUGGGAUAUUAAAGAUGCUGAGGUGGUGUGUAGACAGCUGGACUGUGAGGGUACAAACCAAGUCCUAAGUAGUGGCCAAUAUGGUCCAGGCAGUGGAAAUAUCUGGCUGGAUGACGUUGCAUGCACUGGUAGUGAACGUCAUCUCACAGAGUGCCCGCACAGCGGAUUUGGAAUAAAUGACUGUGGUCAUAUUGAGGAUGUUGGUGUUGUCUGCCCAGCUGCCAAGAUCAGGCUGGUCAAUGGUUCUGAUCACUGCUCUGGGAGAGUGGAGAUCUAUUACAGUGGCCAGUGGGGGACAGUGUGUGAUAAUGACUGGGAUAUGAAUGAUGCUGCGGUGGUGUGUGGACAGCUGGGUUGUGGGAGUGCUGUAGGUGCCCCUCUUCGUGCUCAUUUUGGUCAAGGUAGUGAACCAACCUGGCUGGAUGAUGUGAACUGCAAUGGAAGUGAAAGCUACCUCUCAGAGUGCUCACACAGAGGUUUUGGAGUUGAAAACUGUAAUCAUGGUGAAGAUGCUGGUGUUUUCUGCCUCUCAGGUUUAACCCUGAAGAGACCUACCCUCUCUAAAACGCCUUCGCAUUCAGCUUUUUCACCUGGUGAAAAGGUUCAGUUCAUCUGCUCUGUCCCACAGCGAAUUUCCAUCAGUGCAACAUUUGACUUAUAUAUGGGAGGAUCUUCAAUAAUGACCCAGGCAGUUGAAUCCACUCAGACCAGGGUGAUUUUCACAUUGUCCAGUCUGCAAUCUGCACACCAGGGAAGGUACAGUUGUCGACAACAGAUAACCCAGAAUGGUCAGAAUAUUAUCAGCUCUUCUUCAAGCAACUCCAUGGACAUCACUAUUGUCGUCUUGUUACAGCCCAACAUCUCUCUCAGUGCUCCAAAUGGAGGGAUGUUCUGGGGACUUCAGGGGCCAAAGGUGACCAGGGGCCACAACUUCUCCAUCACCUGCUCUAUUCAGCCACAGUAUCCUGGAGGCUUCUUCUAUCUGGACUUCUCUGGGUCUAACAGGACUGAAACUAAGCCAGCAGUCAACCACUCUGCCUCCUUUCACUUUCCUGUUGCGGAGUAUACAGACCAGGGGAACUACAGUUGUGUUUAUGAAGUUAAAGUCUCCAACCUGUCAUUCCAUUCUAUCAAGACAGAGUUGCUGACAGUCAGCAUUCGAGCAUCCAUAGUCCCCAUUAUUGCCUCUGGUGCAAUAGGUGGGCUACUGCUCCUCCUGCUGCUGCUCAUUCCUUGUCUAGUCUGGAGGAAGAUAAGCAGCAGAGAGCAGUCUUUUAUGAGAAACCUGAGAGAAACUGCCAAUAACAUUAGCACAUAUGGAAACACUGUCGUUGCAGCGAGUGAGGAAAAUGAUGAAGAGGACUAUGUCAACGUAGAAACCUUUGUCAACAAGAGCAAAGAUGAAGACUUGAAAAAAGGAUGCCAUGCAAGAAUGAAUUCUCCAGGAGCCAUGAACAAGUUUGGAAACCAAGGUGAAGGGCCAGAGGCAAGUGAGGAAGAUGAGGCCGACUAUGAAAAUCAGGAUAUCUUCACAGAUAGGGCUUUUGCUGAAGAUAUCUACGAUGAAGACAGUGAGUCUUUAGACCUGGAGCAGCUCACUUCAUGUAAAGCUGGUGGGGAAAAUGACAAUGAAGAAGAUGACCACAUAUACGCAAACUAUGAGUGAAGGCCUUGUAAUACGAAUGUUGAUGCAGAGAUAUUGAUGCCAGGAGAGGCAUGAAAGGUUAGCUUUGUGAGUUGAAUUUUAAGGGCUUAAAAAAACAACUUUUUCAUCAAAAUAUUCACUUAGUAGAUAUGAGUAAAGGCUUUCUUUGAAUAUGAAUUAGAAUUUCAAUGUAAAUAGUUUGGGUGUAUGAGUUCUAGUUGUAUUAUUGCCAGGUAAUUGUAUGAGUUUUCUGACUUGACUUUGUUAUAUAUAUUUUUAAAUUAUGACAUUAUUUACUUCAGUUUAAAAAUAGUGGUUGUCUUGAUGAAUUGGCUGAACGCAUUGAACAUAAUCUAUUAUUACAUUUUCUAAAGUAAAUAUAUUAAUACUUUAGACUAUUUCUCUUCUAUAACAUUCAUUGUGCUGUCAAGGAGUUGUGCUGUCAAAGAAUAGUCCGUAGCAAUGACUGGUUGUGAUGUGCUAAACUUGAGAUCUACACUCUUAGAAAAAAGGUCCCAAAAGUUUUUUUGGGCUGUCUCCAUAGGAUAACCCUUUUUGGUUCCAGGUAGAACUCUUUUGGGUUCCAUGUAGAAACAUCUGUGUAAAUGGUUCUACCUGGAACCAAAAAAAGGGUUCUUCAAAGGGUUGUCCUAUGGGACAGCCGAAGAACUCUUUUAGGUUCUAGAUAGCACCUUUUUUUCUAAGUGUACAGUAUGGCAAAAUGCAAAUACAUUUGUACUGUAUGUAUAGAAUCGAACAAUAAUUUUGAUUUCAGUGUACAUUUUCGAUUAUUGUGUGUCUGGCUUUAAAGAACAUGAAAUCCAUGAAACCUGACUACUUUUUACAAAGCUUAAAACUUAAAUUGUUGUUGAUUAACAGAAAUUGUCUUGAAAAUAUGUGGAGAUUUAAAUACUGUACAACUAUAUGUUCAAGAAUUAGAAAUAGAUCUCUGGAUGCAGAAGGCCAAAAUCGACCCUCACCAACAACUUUCAUUUUGAAGAAACGUAUAAAAUGGAGACCUUUUUU